UCUUUCCUUUUCCUCUUCCCUUCUCCGUCCCUUCCCUUCUUCUUGUUUUCUUUCACCCGUGUGUACGGGGGUGGUCAGUCAGUCAGUUGUUCCCUUCGAUUCGUUCCCUCUUCUUUUUCUUCCCUUCCCUUUUCCGCUUUUAUUUACUUAUUUUUUCCCCCUUCGCUAUCCCUUGCUGAAGCCCCCCCUUCUCACUCCCCUCUUUCCGCAAAGGUCGUUAUCCGAGCACGUUUUGUUCCCGAUAAACACAUCUCGCUCGAGUACCUUCACUCUUCCCUUCCGCACCCUUUUGCCUCCUCUCCGCCCAAGUGUGUAUCUGCCCGUCCGUCCGUCAAUUCUCUCGACUGGGAUUUUAGAGCCUGCCGAGUUUCCCCAGUCGUACUCGUUACCAAUUAUUGGGUUUAUUGAUUGUGCAUAAGGUACGGGCCCUUUUCCGCUUUUACCCCCCUGGACCUGGAUCUGGACCGGAAGAAACGCUGUUGUAAAGGAUAAACCCAACGACUCCCCCGACAUCCGACGUCGAACAAACGUUUCCCUUCCUCCCUCGCGUCACGUUAAAAAUUUAUUCCUUCGUUUCUGUUUAUUUUUUCUGAGCGACGAAUACCGCAUCAACAGUGAUAGAUUGUCCCAUCACGUUUUUCUAGAUCUAGAGGAUAGCCGUACCUUAUGCGAAGGGAAUCACGAUAGAGUUUCCUUCUUCCCUUGGUUUGUCCAUCUGUUUGUCUUACGCUCGUUCGACGGUAGGUUUAUACCGGGUGGAUCUGCAAAUAUUCCACCUUCAAUAGGGAUUUGUAUGAUAUAGCUUUGAAACUUUCGUUCGCCGAGGAAUAUCCCCCAAUGGCGACCACGACAACGACAACAUUACCUCGUCCCCCACGGGCAUCUUUCAAUGCAUCCCAGCCGCCGACAUCGGCCCUGCCAGCUUUGCCAAAUUCCAUCUCCAGUCGAGCAUCUACACAGAACCUUCGGAAGGCUUCUCUGCUCCCGCAGACACCACGGAAAGUUUCAGGAGCGUUACAACGGCCUUCGACACCCUCAGUUCCGUUACUAACUGACGCCAAGAUUUUGACUCCUCGUCGGGCAGUGUCAAUAGCGUCGUUUCCAAAGCCACCGAGAACAGGGGGUGGUCGGAUAGCGAGUUUACCGCCUGCGAGCUCGUUGAGCACGUGCAACCUGACGGCCAAGGAUGGAAACAAGCCGCCAUCGCCCUCGCCUGCCGGAAGCCCAAAGAGGGGCGGUGUGGGUCUGGAGAGGUCGUCCAGUUCACCAGGUGUCAAAACGAGUAAGUCGAAAACCAUCUCGGUUGGAAGCCUAGGCUCGGGGUUUUCGGGUGGUGCGAGCGGAACUGCGUAUCUGAGUCCUCCUCACAGCAGGAGCAGCAGUGCCCAGGGUAGCUACUCCACUAAUGCUACUACUAUCGAUGCUGGUGCUGGUAGCGGGGAUGAGCUUACUGUAAGGGGUCGGACUGAUGAAAAGUCUGGAGAGCGUGAAGGAAAAGGAAAUGUUAUUGUAUCGGUUCGAGUAAGACCGGACGCCAACGACAGUGGCGGGGGUGGAAAUAGCGAAUGGACCAUCGAUGGGCGCGACGGAAAGGUGGGAUACGGUGGGAAGGAUGGAGGAAUAUAUGAGUACGAUAACGUCUUUGGCCAAAACGACAACAAUUCUCGAGUUUACGAUUCUUGCGCUAAACGUCUGGUACGGCGGGUCAUGGAAGGGUACCACGGAACCGUCUUUGCGUACGGCAUGACGGGAACCGGCAAAACUUUCAGCAUGCAGGGGACUACGUCCUCGCCGGGUGUAAUCCCACUGGCAAUCACGGACAUCUUCUCCUUCAUUAGGGAGACACCCCACCGGGAGUUUUUGCUUAGGGUUAGUUACUUGGAAAUUUAUAACGAACGGAUACACGAUUUGCUUGCUACGCAGCCUGGAGGAACUGGUUUCACCCCCCUGGAUCAGCAGACGAAGGGGGAGGAGAUCAAGCUGAGAGAGGAUGCCAAGAGAGGUGUGUAUGCGACACCCUUGAAGGAGGAGAUUGUACAGAGCCCCACGCAAUUGCUUCGCGUGAUUGCCCGUGGUGACCUGGCCAGGAGAACGGGCAGCACCCAGUUCAAUGCUCGGUCGUCGAGAUCUCACGCUGUUGUGCAAAUUGUGGUGGAAUCGAGAGAUCGGAUUCCGGGGACAACGGCCGGAGGCGGGUCGAUGGUUGAUAAUCGACGGGCUGGCAUUACUGGGGGUGUGCGUGUGAGCACAUUGAGCUUGAUCGAUCUGGCAGGUUCGGAGAGAGCUGCGGAGAAUAAGGAGCGCCGGACGGAAGGUGCUCAUAUCAAUCGUUCGCUCUUGACAUUGGGAACUGUUAUCGCCAGGUUAUCGAGUGUUGACAAGGAGGGAUAUGGAAAGGACAAGGAUGGGAACCAUUUGCCGUAUCGCGACUCCAAGCUAACUCGCCUACUUCAGCCUGCCCUGUCUGGUGGCUCGCUGGUGAGUAUCUUGUGCACGAUUGCCCUUCCACCUUCCCAAGUGAGUGGUGCUGCAAAUGCUACUCACAUUGGCGAGACCAUGAACACUCUCAAGUUUGCAGCGAGAGCGAGGAACAAUAUCGUUAGUCAUGCGAAGAAGGCGGAUGAGAGUCUUGCUGGUGGCGUUGAUGCUGGUAGCCGUGUCUUGCUUGAGAGAUAUCGUAUGGAGAUUACUGAGCUUAGAGCACAACUCGAUUCGCAAAAACGCAAGGAAGGUGACGAUAUGAGGGAUAGAGAGGAGAGGGAAGAGCGAGAGGUCGAAAGGCACUCUGAACAACUCCUUGAAAUCCAACUCGCUCGCACGGCACUUAAGGAGCGCAUAGAACAUCUCAACCGCCUGAUACUGUCUUCCAAGUCCUCGGGCGUCAAUUCCACACGCAGUUCGCACCUUUCCGGGAACAAUGGUCACAUGUCAUCACUUUCGAUCCGGUCUUCGACUACGACUACUCACCUGGCCCGUCCCUUUUCUACCGGAUCUUCGGCUUCUACUGCCAUCAACGGCGGUAGUAGUAGCGAAUGUGCCGACGAUGACUCGACUGGUGAAUUUGGCGACGGAAGCGCGACACUUGCUGCCCAGGUUCGAGCCCUUCAAGCGGAUGUGGCCGAUAAAAACCGCUACAUUGCAACCUUGGAAAAGCGACUUCUCCAAGCCCGUCGUAGUUCGCAAAGUAGGGCUAGCAUUGGCUUCUCACCACCUCACAAGGUCCCCGGCAUAUUCGGCGGGGGUGAGUUGGUCGAGGAAGCACGGGUUGAUAUUCUUCUCCGGGAGAAAGAUGAGGAGAUUGUAGAGUUGAGAGCUAGAUUGGACGACAAGGAAAGGAUGGUAUCCGCUCUACGAAGCGCUGCUCGAAAACGAGACGUAGCGGAAGUCGGGAGAAGAAGUAAGCCAUCCAAUGACGAGGGGAGACGUCGAAAGGCUAGUGGGAAUAGCGGUGGCACAGCCGAGGAGCCGGAAGACGGGACCUUUUAAAUAAAGAAAGUGAAUGAUUACUACCAUUACUACUACAAAACUGACAGAAACACGGAUCAAUCCGGGUGGCUAUUUUAUUGCUCUCCAUUGUGUUUCUAUUCAUUUUGUUUCAUUGCUUCUUUUCGUCUUCUCGCCGUCUAUUUGUUUAUUUGAAUUUCUUCUGGGCUCACUGUUCGGUUGGUCGGUCGGUUGGUGACAGUGGGGGUUUUCAUUUCCAUUUUCUGUUUAUCUCCUUGGGUCUGGGUCGAAAUUUGAUGUUUGCAACUUGUAACCAUUUUGUACCUUUUUCUGUUUCCGCGCGUGCAUUAUUUAUCGGUUAUUUAUAUUUUUCCCCUCUUUUCUUGUAUGUUUUUUUAUUUUUAUUUUUUUGUCUGGCGAAUGCCUUUCACUUUUUCCCUUCUCCUGCCAUUGGGGUUUACUUUUACAUUUUUUACUCCUUACAUUUCUCAUCCGCCCUUGAUCGUUAAUUAAUCUCUUUCUUGCCUUUUUACUUUCUUUCCGACCUGUUUUAGCUACCCGGAGGGUGUUGUCUGAGGAUGGGAUGGGACGGGCUGGUGACCAACCGCGAGCAGGUUGUGUUGCCAAUGUGAAGGGGUAGUUUAGAUGAAUGCCGAUGAUCGAUAUCCAUCCAUCCAUUUGGUUACUGAGUGAUGAGCGGGGAUGCGUGUUGGUUGGCUGGCUUG